UGUGAUUGUUGAAAGAAAUGGCAUAAAGAGAGCCUUUGCAUGAAAACUCUCUUUAAAUAAGAUGAAAUAAAUAUUAAAGUAUACCUAACUCUCAUCUCCUUUUCCCCUUAAAUUCACCCCAUUCUUCUUGCUCUUUUUAAUACUCCUUUCAAUCUCUUUUUAUGAUUCAAAACCAAACUAUUUCUCCUUUUUUUCUUACAUAGGCAACAGUUAGUUUACUAGUGCUAAGUUGUUAAGCCAGCCGUUUUCUUUUAACUACCAAGAAUGCUUUAAUUUGUUGAUCAUACUUUCUUUCUUCUAAACUUCUCCUCUUCUUGUAUCCUGAUGGGGGCCUUGUUCCUCAAUUCUUUCUCUGUUGCACCAAACAAAGUUGCAAGUGUUUCAAAUAAAUGUAACUCGUGGAGGAAGAAAAACAUUUUUGUGCAUUGCCAAGGAGGUGGCAAUGCUUGGAAGACUAAUGGGGUUUCUUCAGUUUUGAAAGAAAGAUUGAAAAUAGUUAAUGCUGAUAGUAGUGCAGCUAUUAUGGAUGCAGGAAGCUUAAUUGUGUCACCAAAUCCAAAUGGGAAUAAACAGGCAGAUAUUGCAGUCAAAGAUUUGGUGCCUUAUGGUGGUUCAACUAUUUCUUUAGUGGGGCUGCAAGAGGGCAUUGGCAUUGUUAAGUUUCUUAGAGGAAAGCAGUUUUUCAUUACUGGUUCAACUGGAUUUCUUGCCAAAGUUCUUAUUGAGAAGAUUUUAAGAACUGUGCCUGAUGUUGGGAAGAUAUUUCUCUUGAUCAAGGCCAAAAAUAAGGAAGCUGCAAUGGAAAGAUUGAAAAGUGAAAUCAUAAAUGCAGAGCUUUUCAAGCGUCUACAACAAACAUAUGGCAAUAAUUACCAAAAUUUCAUGUUGAGCAAACUGGUCCCUGUGGUAGGAAAUGUAUGUGAAUCUGAUCUUGGAUUGGAUGGUGAUUUAGCUGAUGUGAUUGCAAAAGAAGUCGACAUAAUUGUGAAUUCUGCAGCUAAUACAACUUUUGAUGAAAGAUAUGAUGUUGCCAUAGAUAUAAAUACAAGAGGAGCAUGCCACCUCAUUGGUUUUGCCAAUAAGUGCAAGAAACUUAAACUCUUUUUGCAAGUAUCAACAGCAUAUGUUAAUGGCCAGAGACAAGGAAGAAUUAUGGAAAAGCCAUUUGACAUAGGAAAUUGCAUUGCAAGGGAAAAUUUAAUUUCUGAAACCACACCAAGAUCCAUACCUGAGUUAGAUAUUGAAGAUGAGUUAGCAUUGGCUCGAAAUUCCAAGGAAGGUUGUCAUGAAAGUGAAGUGGCUCAGAAAAUGAAAGAAUUGGGUUUGGAAAGGGCUAGAAAAUACGGAUGGCAAGACACGUAUGUAUAUACGAAGGCUAUGGGAGAAAUGAUCAUCAAUAACAUGAGGGGAGAAAUACCAGUAGUAAUAAUUCGACCUAGUGUUAUUGAGAGCACCUGCAAAGAACCAUUCCCUGGAUGGAUGGAGGGAAAUAGGAUGAUGGAUCCAAUAGUGUUAUGCUAUGGGAAAGGGCAGCUAACAGGUUUCCUGGUUGAUCCGAAUGGAGUACUUGAUGUUGUUCCAGCGGACAUGGUUGUCAAUGCAACGUUGGCAGCCAUCGCAAGACAUGGAAUGACCCCAAAACCAGAUAUUAACAUCUACCACAUUGCAUCAUCAGUUGUAAAUCCACUUGUUUUCCGGGAUUUAGCCAGAAUGCUCCAUGAGCACUACAAUUCCUCACCUUUUCUGGACUCAAGGGGUAGCCCAAUCCAUGUUCCGUCAAUGAAGCUGUUCAACUCCAUGGAGGAUUUCUCUGCUCACCUCUGGAGAGAUGCCAUUCAGAGAACUGGAUUGACAGAAGUGGCAUCUUGGAACGGAAAGCUGUCUCAGAAGCUUGAAACAAUAUGCAGGAAGUCAGUGGAGCAAGCAAAGUACUUGGCUAAUAUAUAUGAGCCAUACACAUUCUAUGGUGGAAGGUUUGACAACAGCAACACUGAGAGACUAAUGGAGAUGAUGUCUGAAGAGGAGAAGAGAAACUUUGGAUUUGAUGUGGAAAGCAUAGAUUGGAAAGAUUAUAUAAAAAAUGUCCACAUUCCUGGUUUAAGGAGGCAUGUUAUGAAGGGCAGAGGGAUGUGUUCUUCACCUAAUAGCUAGAUCUUACAAUAAUUAUGUAUGCAAUAAAUGAAUUAUACAUUUUCUUCAUGUUAUAAAAACCAAAGAAGGCAGAGAAGUCUUGCCUUCUUAUUUCUUAUGUAAUUUAACUCUUAUAUGAGAGUCAUCAGUAAAGUUCAUAUCAUUUAUCGCGAUGCACGUAUUAAUUUUUUUCUGUUUAAAUAUAAAACAAGUAACAAAAACAUUAACCAAACGGAACAUAA